AUGCGUUCGACGGCAGGGGUGCGACCUUGUAGACAGUGUCGUCUACGGCGCGGCACUAAUGUGUUUUCUUCAAAGUCACUGCUGUUGCUGCUGACUGUGACUCUGCUGCUUGCCACCUGUGCCUGGCUCCCUGUGGCGCACGCUAUUCCGUUCCGAGUGCAAGGCGGCACUAUCGACAGCGCCAUCGUUGUUGGUCGUGCCGUGGACAGCGUGCUACUGGAUGGUGUGUUGAUCAGUAACGGCGUGUCGGUGGUGUUUGAUGUCACUGCGAUGCUCCCUGGUGCGGUGCGCAUUGAGCUGAGGGACUGCGUGUGCAAUGGUGGGUCGCAGAUCUAUGUAUUGGGGUUCGAUGGCGAGCCAACGAGUGACCGGAGUCUGGAAGUGAGUGUGGAUAGAUUAUCUGGUCGCUUCUGCUCACUCGUCUUGGCACACAACCUGCCUCCGCAGACCAACGUGACAAUCCGAGACUCUACGAUCGUGACGACGGGACCCGUGAGCUAC